UAUUUAACAGGUAUAAAAGCGAAAGAAUCAUUUGCUUCUUCAUCAUUCAGUCCAAUUCAAUUCGACGAACUCAUCCUACUCCACGAUGAAAUACUUUAUUUCAGCUCUUUGCUGCGUUGCAGUAGUUGUGGCAGAUAAGCUCAACAAUGUCUAUCUUCCCCCCUCAAGUUCAAUUUCAGCAGGAGGAAAUGGAAAUAUCCUGAGAACGCCAUUUACUCAGACUUUCAUUCAACCUGGACGUAAAAUUUUCUCUGGAACCUACCAAACAGCUCAACAAGGCAAUGUUUACGCUAACCAACAAUCUUCUUUCAACAACUACGCUAAAGUUUCAGCUCAACCACAAAUUGCUAUCUUGAGAUUCAACAAUGACAAUAAUGGUGAAGGAACUUACAGAUUCGAAUACGAGACUGAAAACAAAAUAGCCCAGCAGGAAUCAGGACAACUUAAGAAUGCUGGAACUGACCAGGAAAGCAACGUUGUUCAAGGAUCCUACUCUUAUAUUGGCCAGGAUGGUCAAACCUACACCGUCGACUACGUAGCUGAUGAUCAAGGUUUCAGAGCUAGUGGUGCUCAUCUUCCAGUUGCUCCAGAAAUCCCUGAAGAGAUCAGGAAAUCCCUCGAACAAAACGCUGCUGAUGAAGCUAGAGGAAUUGUUGAUGAUGGUCAAUACAGACCUGACCCAUCGGAAAGAAUCAACAGUGCUCAAUUCAACAAUGCCCAAAUCAACCGUCAAUACUUGACUCCAAAAUUGACAGGAAUUUACCAAAAACAACAGAAUGGUUAUAGAUAUUGAUGAUUUAUCUCAACAUUGCUUUGUGUCAUACCUAAUACUGUGAAUACUCUUAUGUGCCGAAUGUUGUUAAUAAAACAUUAUUUAUUUAUAA